CCCCAGCAACAUGGAGUGCAUCCUACUCAUCCACAUACAAGGACUGAGUUUAUGAGCACAGUUGCUUCUCACAAACCUCAACAUGCACAGCAAUCUCAACAGAGAGUGCAUCCUACUCAUCCAAAUACUAUGAGCACAGCUGCUUCUCACAGGCUUCAACCCGCACAGCAGCCUCAGCAGAGAGUGGUGCGUAAAGAGCCUCAGGUGAAGCCGAUCAACAGGUACGCCCCUCCAGAUUACCUGACACUAAUGUAUCACCCCACUCCCACACUGGAGGACCUGGGGCUAACCAGUUAUAUGGACAGUCCUCCCUCAUCACCCAGAACUAGGUCACCAGCUCGGGAGGAAAAAACGGCGGAUUGUCAACCAGAGCGAGAGUCGGCAAGGAGGGUCUUACCAGCAUGGGACGCACCAACAAACGACUUUUUUGACCAAGAAUCCAAGACAACUAACUCAAAAGCUAGAGAGUUCAGGACGGCUGUGUCAGCUCACAAGCAGUCCCCAAAGACUGACACUGUAUCAGAGGCUAAAACCUCUACACUGAAUGUGACCAAUCAAAUGAGUGAAAGACACUAGGCAAAUGUGACCAAUCAGAGGAGUGAGAGACACCAGGCAAAUGUGACCAAUCAAGUGAGUGAAAGACACCAGGCAAAUGUGACCAAUCAAAUGAGUGAGAGACACCAGGCAAAUGUGACCAAUCAGAGGAGUGAGAGACACCAGGCGGCCUCACACACUCAGAUGAAUAAACAUCUGGCAACAAAUGUUGAACCUCAAAGAUAUGUCCCAAGCUUUGCCCCAAAAGACUGGGACCCAACUACCAAGUCAUAUAAGUCCUUACAAGGACCUGCAUAAAC